CUCGACCUUUUCCAUGAAGCAGUGGAUGAGUGCCGGAACGCUCUGCAUUGAGAAUUUUGUCCCCCUUCACGUCCUUAAAGACACCAUUCCAUUCAGACUCGUGAAAACACACGAUUCGGGGUGCAGGGGCCUUCGCCGAUCUAGAACAUCACCUAAUGAUCACUUCUGAUCGAAUUCGAGACUGAGAUUGUUCCCGCGGCGACACGAAAGCUCGGUCGAGCUGCAUGCUUUAAGCGGCAUGGUCGUCCCAACAUUCAGAAUGGUAAAAUUUCAGCUGCCUGAAAUCCUCCUGCGAGGACUCUAUUUCUACUCUACGCCACUAGCUAGGACUUGUCAUUCUCUAUUGUCGCACCCCAUAACAAAUCAUGGCCAACGAGACGAUCGAACGCACUGGACUGCCAGACUUUCCAGAGACCAAGCCCCCUCAUGCAGUGGACCGAGAGGUAGCUUCCGAAGGUUGUGUCGGUGAUGUAGGGAACCUCAAGCUCAUUGUAUAUCGGGUCGGAUUUCAAGUCCAACGCGAGCUGCGCAACGACUUUGAACCAUGGCUAAGAUACUACAAGGCCAAGGUCGAAACCGCAGACUGGGGCAAGAGGGUCGCCCAAUUCUCUUAUCGGCUCAUCAACGGCAACUUCGUCGAAGACUAUCAGGAAGACCUACAGAUGUCCGAACAGGGCGGUCAGGAGCUGGAAGAGAUCGGCGGCCUGCUCUUCGACAAGCGCGGUGCUCUCCAAACACGUUGGCUCAACGGCCAAGAAGCCGGCACGAAAGCCUUUGGCCCUGAGAUCAGCACUACUGGCGUGAAGAUCGCAGUAUUGAGCUGCACGGAUAGCCCCAAGGGCGAUUUUCUCAUUGUCGACCAGCCCUUCCGUCACCGUGGCGUCGCCUCUUGGGCGCUUCAAACGCUCUUCCAUAUGUUGCAUGAAGAGGGCGUCAAGUUCAUACUGACCCGACCGUCGGUUCCUCUGAUAUCUUCGAACCUACAGGGUUCUUCCGCAGAAGCCCAACUGCUGAGGCGCAACCUUGCAUUCGUCCGCAAGGCUGGCUUCCGCCGAGUCGGCACUUCGCCGAUCUUCGGAUACUUCCUUCAGGACGACGCCCAUCCCUCCCGCAGCCUUCCUGCAGAAGCUGACGUCGACCCCGCGUAGCUCACCUCACGUCACCUAGAACGAUCAGAAGGCGAGAACGAGACUGUCAUUCCAUCCAAUUCCAUUCAUGAAAAUAGAUAUGUCUCCUUACGACCCUCAUGACCAGAGGAUGAUCGAUACCACGCAGUCUGUUUGAUGUAUACCUGCCUCGAGCCACUCAAUCCAACAAUCUGUCCUUCCUGCGGCGCUAGCUCUCCCUGAGAGGCGCUUUUACUUACGUACCAUCGUGCUCAAUCGCCGAGAUGACUCAGCCUUCGCUGUUCUGUAGAUUAGCCGAUGAGCAGCCCCGCGCUACGAACUGCCUGGGUGUAUGUGAUGGCGGUAAGGCCUCGUCCAGGCUUUCACAAAUUGUUAUGUAUUGUGGGUCCCCUCGUC